AUGGUCGUCUUGGCUGCUUCAAUUACUACACGUCAUGGUAAACCAUUACUAUCAAGACAAUUCAGAGACCUGACUAAAGAUCGUGUCAUGGAAUUAUUAUCAAAUUUCCAAGGUUUGGUAGCCAACAUUUCAUCAGAUCAUACUUUUGUUGAAGAUGAACAUGUAAGAUAUGUCUAUAAACCAUUUGAUGACUAUUAUAUUAUUUUAAUUACCAAUCGUCAAUCUAACAUUGUUCAAGAUUUAUCUACAUUGAAUCUAUUUUCUCAAACUGUUAACUCAUCUUUAUCAAAUUUUGAUGAAAAUGAAAUUUAUGAUAAUGCUUUUGAAAUCUUGAGUUCAUUCGAUGAAAUUGUCGUUAUGGGUGGGUAUAAGGAGAAUUUAAAUUGGAAUCAAGUUGAAACUUAUUUGGCCAUGGAAUCUCAUGAGGAAAGAAUCCAAAACAUCAUUGAACAAAAUAAAGAAAGUGAAGCUACUGAAGAAAGAAAACGUCGUGCCAAAGAAAUCGCCAGAAAGGAAUUGGAAAGGAAAAGCGGUGUUUAUCCUUCUUCCACUUUCGGAGAAUCAAGUAGAUUAGAAAGAUUUGGUCCAAGCAGUGAUCCAAACGUUAAAAAUGCUUAUGAUAGUUAUUACAGGAAUGCAUCAGCUGCUGCUCAGGAAUCUUAUUUGAAUUCAAAGAAACAACAGCAACAACAACAACAACAACAAUCGUCUCAAGAAUACCCAUAUCAACCUACUACAGGAAUAGGACGUAGUGCUUCGAAUACUGGAGCAUCUCAUGUACCAAAACCUCAUCGUCAACGUGAAGAAAUUAAACGUACAAAUAAUGGUAUAUUGAUUUUAAUUAAUGAAACAAUCAAUGCUGAAUUACAACGUGACGGUUCCAUAACAUCAUCGGAAUUGAAAGGUGUCUUAGAAUUACGUGUGAAUGAUCCAGCUUUAUCACAUUCUAAGAUUGCAUUGGUUGAAUCCAUGGAUGUUAAGGAUAAAUCAUUCCAAUUUAAAACGCAUCCAAACAUUGAUAAGAAUCAAUUUUUGUCAUCUAAAUUGAUUUCAUUAAGAGACUCAAAGAAGGCAUUCCCAUCAAACGAUCAAAGCCUUGGUGUUUUAAGAUGGAGGAAGAUUUGUCCCCAAGAUGAUAAUAGUUUGGUCCCAUUAUUGGUUUCUACAUGGGUUAGUUCUGAUCCAGGUUCAAUCGACGUCACCAUGGAAUUUGAAAUCAAUGAGGAAUUGUUUGAUGCUGAUAGUAACGUUGAAUUUAAAGAUUUAUGCUUCAAUUUCGCUAAAGAAUUCGCUGACGUUACUAUAAUGGGAGACUCCAAUGAUCAUAAUGCAAAAGUGACGUAUAAAUAUGGUAAACGUCCUACGAUUCAAAUCCCAUCCCUAACAGUGGGUAAUCCAGGUGUUGUUACAUUCACUAUAACAGAUGAUUAUGAUGAUGAGGAACGAUUGUUCCCUAUUGACAUUGAAUUCAAACAUGUUGUAAAAGAUAACGAAACAAAGAGUUUGGCAGGCGUUGGUGUUGCCACGGUAAUCACCACGAGUAGUGAAGAUCAAGAAGAAGGCCAAGAAUUACCGUAUGACGUUGUUUUCUCAUUGAGCCCUGAACAAUACACUGUGGUAUAA